ACUACCAAUGCAGACCGCCUCUAUUAUUACGCUAAGUGCAGGUUCAUGGUGUCUGAUGGUCGAUAGCCGUCAGAUAGGUAGCCGGGGAUAAGAUUCAGCGGCGCGAUGAACCAGGCCACCUCCCUUCUCUCGCCAUCCCCUUCCUCGUCAAUCGAACGGCCGGCCGUCGAACUGACUCCCGUCAUCGAGAAGCUGAAAAUCAUCUGCGGUGAAGAUGACAUCGAUCCUCAAUUAGCUGCCACAGCAACCGAAUGCUUACUCCGGCUUCGUCACACAUUCAUCGACAAUGACCAACCUCGAGAAGCGAAAGAGGACUUUCGACAUCUGCAUGGUUUCCAGACGCUGCUGGACCUGCUUCUGAAAGUCUCGGAAUCAUAUACCCCUGAUCGGUCGUCGAAGGACGAGAGGAAAUGUCUUUUGACCCUUUUCAAGGAUACAUUGGCGGUUUUGGCAGAGGCGUUGAAGGAACACCAUGGGAAUAAGCGGUAUUUUGCAAGUCGGGUCCCUCGGGGAGGGAAAGUGGCUCUAGAGGAAGCUCUUGCACUCCUGGCCCAAAAGGUGGACUGCGUACAGGGGGACAUAGAACAGUUCUACGGCGGGAUUCUGGCAGCAGCUCUCUGCCAGGAAGCCGUCACCAGUAUAUUUACAACAUUGGACGCCAAAUUCCGAAGGGUCCCGAUGCCACUACCCAGUGACAUCAAGGUGGACGUGGAUCGAUGCGUAGGAACCUCGGAGACGAUCGAAGUACCCGAUAUCUUGGGCCCUUUCAUUCGAGUGUGGUUGUCUCAAACAUCGGCCUCCUCGUCGAACCACGGUAUACUGAGGCUAGCUGUACCUGCAUGCCUUUGUCAACUUGCUUCACAUUCCCAGAGAAACAUCACGAUUCUGCAUGCUACUGGUGUGUUAUCGUGGAUUCUUCCACUUCUUGUCAGUGACGAGCGUCCAGAGCCGGAAAAGCUGUUGUAUCAAGAGCUUGCGCGGCUGCUCUGUGCGCAAGGAAUAAGCAAUCUGAAGGAUGCAGUCUUCCUAUAUCAAAAAGCCCACAGCUGCCCCAAGGUGUCGCGCUUGCUGGUUGAUGUUCUGAAGGCCUCCAAAGAACCCGCAUCCAUACAAUUUGAUCUCUCACUACAUGGAUACGGUUCAUUAGAAUUCUCCACACUCGGGCGCUCAUUCCCUCCAGCAACUUCCUCAGGUUACACGCUCUCGGUUUGGGCACGCUUUGACCAGUUUGAUCCAAACACGCACACGACAAUAUUCGGGGCCUUUGACCCCAGCCAGACAUGCUUCUUGCUUGCAUACCUUGAAAAGGACACCCGCAACUUCAUAUUGCAGACCUCGAUAAGAGGACCGCGCCCCAGUGUUCGAUUCAAAUCCGUUGUCUUCGAACCUGGGCGAUGGUACCACAUUUGCGUUGUUCACAAGAAGCCUAGACCACCGUCUCAUUCUCGCGCGUCUUUGUUUAUAGAUGGCGAGUUCGUCGAGCAACUUAGGAUAGAGUAUCCAUGUAUGCCCGCUGCAAGCGCCCCUAGCCGAUCGGCUCGGGUUCAAGCGUUCUUUGGCACCCCCCAGGACUUGGCCAUGAGACUGGGAAAGGGGGUCUCUACGUCUCGAUGGUCUCUGGCAAGUGCAAUUCUCUUCGAAGAAGCCCAUAGCGACGAUAUGGUUGCUGUGUUCUAUAACCUCGGUGCCCGAUAUUAUGGCAACUUCCAAGACUGUCUGGGCUCUUUUCAGACGUACAAGGCUUCUGCCGCUCUGAACUUACGCAAUGAGCAUUUGCAUCCGGGCAAAGAAGAGCAGUCGGAUAUUGUCGUUGCCAUCCGGCAGAAAGCUAGUACCCUUAUUCCUGAGGGGUCCAUAUUGCUAAACGUCUCGCCACUCUCAGUUCUAGACGAUGAUGACGAUAAUACCGUGGACGAGUCUCGACUGAUCAAGUGCCUAUCCAAACAGGCCGCCAAAAAUCUGCAUCAGCUAACGAAGUCGGGAGGAAAUGCAGUAGCCGUCAAUGGAGCCACACCUGCGAUAAAUGACGCACUCACUCAAGCCCAUGGAAUCGGUGUCUUGACCGGCGACCCCGUGGUCACCGUUCCACACUCUCUGGACGAUGCGAGUUGGCGUAUUGGGGGAUGUGCGGCGGUGCAUCUGAGCUUACUUCACGCGGCUGACACUGCGGAGUCGACACUGCUGGCAGUUGAGGCACUGUACGAAGCUGUGCAGGAUAAUUGGCGGAACAGCGAGGCAAUGGAGAAAGAGAAUGGCUAUGGAAUCCUUGCGGUUCUGCUGCGCGAAAAGCUUGGCUUGCUAUCAGGAGCCUCUCCUACAGCAUCAAGGACAGCCAGCGUCUGCUCCAGCUAUGAGGAGAGAUCUGCCUUGGCCCUAGAGCUUCUCGGCUUGACAUUAAAAUUUGUUGGGUACAACUUUGAACAGCCGAACCGCUCGAUCAUCACGAACCCACUAGCCUACCGGGUCUUGCUUGUCGAUCUAGAGGUAUGGAGGUAUGGAGAGGCGGCUCUCCUCGAGUUGUACUACUCCCAAUUUUGUAUAUUUGCCAGCGAAAGCCACCAUCGCCGGUUCAAUGCAAAGCGACUGGCUCGCAUGCGCGUUAAUAAGAAGUUUCUCGAGGCCCUCAAGGUGGAGGAUUUUACAUCUGAAGCAUUACGCCUUCAUACUGCCGCCUUUGGAUCGCUGAUGGAAAGUUGUUUAACGGCGGACUUACUUCGCUCACUAGCGCUUUAUAUCACCUACGCCCUUCAUAAGCCUAGGGAAUCAAGUCGACUGCAGAAGAAGAAGAGCAUGAGAUUUAACACGGGUGUGCGACCGGCAACUCCCGCUGCGAAGGAUAAAUAUGUGUCGAGCACCGUGAUUGCCACAGAGAUGCUUCGAAUGUAUUGCUCGUUGCUCUGCAAUGCACACGAUCUCGGUCCCAUCAAGAAGUUUGCAAGGGCCGUGACGAACAAGUGGCUUCUGUACCUUUUGUGCGAAGACGAGCCGGAAAUCAUUAUCCUAGCCGCUAAGAUCAUAGCCCGCCUGUUGGCUGUUCAUGGCAGCAUAUAUGAUAAGAAGUUCACCGAGAAAACCGGGGGGUAUAUCAUCAUGCGGCAUUGCCUGAAAAGGUGGUGGAGAAUUCCCGCUGUAUGGUCCAUCUGCUUUGCUAUUUUGUUUGGUCUGGACGUCGGUAAAAUGAUUGUCGACAGGCCCUUCAAUCACAGUGGACUGUCAGAUUCCUUCCUCUCCGGCACUCAGUUGCAUAUAUCCUUCCCUGAAAUCUUUCCAGUUAUCGCUGAGAUGAUGCAGAGCGCCUUAAAGGGAACGGUCUUAAACAAUUAUAGUGCGCCCCCCGACAUACAAGGAAAUUCCAAUUUUCAACCAACCGACCCAAGUCUUCUCUCUCAUACGGCCGCGACUACAGUAGUCGAAGAGCAUCUGCUCUUUAGUACUGUCAUUGACUUCUUUGCCACUCUCCAUGUGAAGUCUCUGAGCUUUCGCAUAUUUACAACACAACCUGAGUACAUUCAGCAUCUACUUUCGACGCUGUUCCCAGUCAUUGUCGGCUGCGAUGCAACAAACACGGAUGCUGAAUUGACCCCUCGUGCCGGUAGUCUCGACUUUGGUGAUCAGAAUCUGGUCCUUCGCCCGCGCUCAAGAGGGGCCGCUGAGUUGCGGACAACAACUGUGGAACAGCCCGGAGCUCGUGAUGACCCUGCUGGAUCACUCGGCCGUGGAUCUUCUUUCAUCCUUGUCUCAUCUGAUCGGGGAAAACCUUUGCCAUCCUCUGCGCGAAUUGUCCAUGCAUGCAAUCCGAAGAAAGUCGAAAAUGCAGGUAACGCAGAUCAUCCUUUCGUUAUCAGCAUACUCAGCUUGGUUCUCUCGGUCUUCUCGGAGCAGCUAUUAGAACGGAAAGACUUCUCAGGUCUUGGUCUAUAUCUCAAAACACCACCGGGGUUGCUGGAACAUCGGGCAUACUUCAACUCGUGGGUGCUGAGAAACUUCCUGUCAACAGCGCAAGAUGUCAUAUUGUCGAAGACUCAUCUACUCGCAGAACCACGCGUGCUGACCAAUUUGGGGCGGUUAACGACGCACCUUGGAGAAGCAGUGUUUGAAGGUUGGUUCGUUGAUGGGGCAGCGGCAACUCUCGAAUUUGCAGGGCCAAUCUUGGAGUAUCUUCAACGGCCCGAUGUUUCUUGUCUCAAGAGUAUCAGGUUGUGUAGCCAAGCCGUUUCAAUCAUCCGAUCGACUGUAUUUCGCGUCGUUCUGCUUCGGCUCUCAGAAGUCGAGGGCACUGAAGCUCUUUCGUUCCUGAACCGUUUAUCAUACUGGCAAGUGGUUCUCCUGUCUGGAGAUGCCCAGUCCACCCACCUGCAGCUGCUGUGUUACCUCUUAUAUAUUAAGUUAGACGACGGAAACGAAGAUGUCCGCCUGGCUGCAGCGGGGCUCUUCAGGAUUCUGCUAGUGCAGAAGCCUGCCGACAUGGCUACCAUUCUCAGCCACGCACCGGUAUCCCUGCAGAAGCGGCUUUCUGCUGGCUUUGAAGCUUUGAUGGGUAUGGACGAUGCCGCCUUUCUACAGUGGUUUAAUGACCGAGAGGAGGACCUACACUCUCUAUUCUUUGAUGUCAUAUCAAAACACUGGGAGGAUUUUGUUCACGAAGAGAACUCCAAGAUUGAAGCUACAUCACGAAGCCGAGUUUCCAAACGCCAGGAGAAGCUGAAGCAAUGGAAGCAAAUAGAUACUUUCGGUGACGAAGUGACACGCAAGCAUAUGACCAUGUUUCCUCGCUGGGCAUCAAACAUAUCUGCGUCAGAGCUCCUGAAGCUUCAGAGGUCCCUCCAGGACCAUCAGGAUGAUUCUGUGUUCAUGUGGACUGCCUUUUCCCAGCUGACCGUGGACCUGCGGCGAUAUGGAGGUCUUCUUGCCGAAAAUAAGGAGCGAAAAUGGCGCCUCGACCAAACAGAAGGGCGCAGUCGUAUGCGUCUUCGCAUCGUCCCGGAUGAGACUGGCGAGCGACAGAAUUACCAGCCAAAACGGAAGGCAUCCGAGCCCCCAGCGAUCAAACUGGACACGGAGGUUCGGCCUUCGUCUAGUGGUGAUGCUCUUGGUUUGACCCCUACAGCUACCGUCGCAAACAAUGAGGCUGUGGAGGGUACCUCUCAAGGCAUUGCGCCGGACAGUCGGAGUGUGCUUGAAGAAAGCUUCGAAUUGAUCGAAGAUCCCAAAGCGGACCUUGACGACUAUGAGGACAAGAAUCGGAAAGUUAUGCGGAGUCUUCACCGCGGCGAUCAGGUAGAGGGCGUGUGCAACAUGUCGCGUAUCAUUGGGUUAGAAGCAUUUGAAGGACUCCUGAUCCAAGGGAAGGAUCACAUAUACAUAUUGGACAAUUUCUUCCAGAGAUCAGAUGGCGAAAUCGUGAAUGUCUGGCAAGCCCCGGCAGACGAACGCGACCCUUACGUCCGCAUGAUCGCCGGCCGAGAAUCAAGCGAACGUAAAGCGCAAGAGCAUGAAACGAGAAGCUGGAAAUGGUCCGAUCUGAUCAGCAUCUCCAAGCGACGCUUCUUGUUUCGUGACGUGGCCUUGGAAGUCUUUUUCACAGAUGGCAGCAGCUAUCUGCUGACACUCAUCUCAUCACGAGCCCGAGACGGCCUUUGCAGUCAGCUCGCGGCCAAAGCCCCUCAAGUGACUGGAAGCGUUGGCCAUGCACGCCCGGAGGAUGUUUGGCGAUUCGAGACCCUUCGAAGCCAGGAGGAUGCACCGCAGUCUCUGGGAUCCAAGUUCGCCAGCGUUUUCGGCCAUUCGCCCGCCUAUCCAGCUACGCGUAAAUGGGUCAAGGGUGAAAUCUCCAACUUCCACUACCUCAUGCUGAUCAAUACACUCGCCGGGAGAACUUUCAAUGAUCUGACGCAGUAUCCGGUCUUCCCGUGGGUGCUGGCGGAUUAUACUAGUGAGGAACUAGACUUGACUAAUCCCCAAACAUUCCGUGACUUGUCAAAGCCCAUGGGCUGUCAAACCCCGGAGCGAGAGGCAGACUUCAGAGAACGGUACAAGGCCUUCGCCGAGAUGGGCGACGACGACGCUCCACCAUUCCACUACGGCACGCACUAUUCCUCGGCCAUGAUCGUUAGCUCAUAUCUCAUCCGUCUGCAGCCCUUUGUCAAAUCCUACCUUCUCCUCCAGGGCGGUACAUUCGACCAUGCUGACCGUCUCUUCUACUCUGUCGGGAAGGCCUGGGAAUCUGCGUCGCGUGGCAACAUGUCGGACGUACGGGAGCUGAUUCCCGAGUUCUUCUACCUCCCCGAGUUCCUGGUGAACUCGAACAAGUACGAUUUCGGCUUCCUGCAGAACAUGACGACGAUAAUCGACUCGGUGGAGCUACCGCCAUGGGCCAAAGGGGACCCCAAGAUCUUCAUCGCAAAGCACCGCGAGGCCCUCGAGAGCCCCUACGUGACUCAGAACCUACAUCAUUGGAUUGAUUUGGUGUUCGGAAGCAAGCAAAAGGGAGAGGCCGCGGUCGAGGCCGUGAACGUCUUUCAUCAUCUGUCCUACCAAGGUGCCAAAGAUGUGGACUCCAUUGAUGACCCGGUGGAACGACUGGCCACCAUCGGCAUCAUUCACAACUUCGGACAGACUCCGCAUCAGAUAUUCAACCGACCGCAUUCACAACGAGAGGAUCCCGGGCACAAGAUGCCGCGACUGGAUCGUCUUGCCGAGUCGCUUACUCAACAACCACUGGCACUCCUUGAUAUUGGCGAACGCGUAGCAUCAUUAUCAAUGAAGCAAGAUCGUCUGCUAUGUGCUGCUGCCCUUCGGGUCAAUAUCCCUCCGAGCUACGACAAGUACAUGGAAUGGGGCUUCUUCGACGGCAGUGUGAGAUUCUAUUCUGCGGACAGCCGAAAGCUACUGGGCCACUAUGAGCACCUCCAUAUCGGCCAACUCUCCUGCGCGAUCUUUGCGGACUCCCGAACGUUGGUAACUGCCGGUACCGAUUGCACCGUGGCGAUCUGGACUUAUACCUCCUCAGCCAAGUCCGUUGACCUGCAGCCAGCAGGGUCGCUGUUUGGACACCGUUCGCCCGUGACGAUGCUUGCGGUGUCUCGGUCAUUCAGCACCCUUCUGUCUGCAUCCACAGAUGGUCAGAUCAUGCUUUGGGAUCUCAACCGCCAGUGUUUCGUCCGGGAACUACCUGCCAACGGGCCGGUCGAUUGCGCGCGGAUAAAUGAUGUGACGGGAGAAAUCAUGAUCUGUCGACGAGACCGUGUCAGCCUCUACACCCUCAACGGGUCUCUGCUGCUGGAGCAGGUUCUGUGCGACUCGGUGGAUGACUCAAUUUUGACCUGCGUCUUCUACGAAGGGGUCAACAACGAAUGGCAGGAACGCGAGCUGCUCUUCACCGGGCACCGACGAGGCGUGGUCAACAUUUGGAGCAAAAUCACCCAGCACGGACGGUUUGAGCUGGAGUUGAUCCGGCAACUUCAUCACGUGGACAGCCUCCGCGAUAACGGCGCCAAUAUCUCAGCGGGAAUCAGCUGCAUCCUUCCCCAACCGCACGUUGUGUAUACCGGCGACGAAGGGGGACGAGUGUAUGAAUGGAGUUGUGUGCAGCGCCGGUGAGCAUCACCUUUGUCUAGCUAUUACAGCGGAGAACACGACUCCGCGGAGUGCCCCGGAUGGAAACUGCGGAGGUCUGGCCAUCUUCGCCGCGUUCCUUUUUCCGCGCCGAGCUCCACGAACGAACGGCUCAAUGCAUGACGGUGCCACACAAUUCUGUAUCCCGGAGCACUCUCGUCCUGUAUCAAGCCUGUCUGCUAUUAUUAUUGUUCAUUCUGCUUGUUCCUUCCCCGCGGGUGGACCAGCAUGGAUGCUAUAGCAACCCGUCUGUUGUGGAGGGGCAGUGCGGAGGAUCCGGGCUACUGUUACAUAGUCGCUAUAGUAUGUACUUAGAGGGGGUGAUGGGGGUGGCGGUUAGAAUAGAU